GCGGGGGCCGGGGGGGCGGCGGGCCGGCCUCGCUCCUCUCGCCGCUGUGCGGGGCUGAGGGAAGCGUAGAGUCGGCGCUGCGAGGGGGAGCCGGGCCGCUGAAAUCCGAAGCCCGGCACGUGCCGCGGCUCCCGGGCCCUUGUCAGCCGUUCGGCUGCGCUGCGUUCGGCGAGUGCUGAACACGCGGAUCUUCGUACGGCCUUUGACAUUAUAGGAAGUGAACGUAACGGAGAAAAAAGCCCCGUGAAUGGAAUAACUGCGUGACCGGCCAACUUUAGUGUGCUUUCAGAAGCCCGGCCGGGUGCUCUCGGUGAGCUCGGCUCCUGGUUGUGCUGCAGGAGGGAUCCGCAGCUCCUGCCCGCUCUGAGGCAGCCGGGAUUCAGCUCCGUGCUCCUGCUUCACUGCCUUCCACGUGGCACUUCCCAUCGCCAUCCUCUGCCUUCUGUGCCACGAGGAACCCCUGGCUGGCAGUACCUGAGUAGAGGUGGCACCGCGGCCUUCUCCAGAGAGCCAAGGAACAGUUUGGUGUCUGUCCAUCAUGAAGGUGAUGGAUGGUGCACGAGUUGGCCUCCAGCCUUUGCCUUUGGAGGCCUUCCAGGCUGAAGGGAAGGCGGUGCUCAUAACAGGCUGUGACAAAGGUUUUGGACAUGCCUUGGCCAAACAGCUUCAUGCAAAGGGAUUUACUGUUUUUGCUGGAUGCUUGCUAGCGGUAGUAUCAAUUGCAAGAGAUCAGUUUAGGCACGCUGAAUCUGCAGAGCUGUCAGUCCAGUCCCUGUUCUUGCAGGAUAAGAAUGGAGAUGGAGCCAGGGAGCUGAAGGACAUGAAGUCAGAUCGCAUGAAAGUGCUGCAGAUGAAUGUGUGCAGUGACCAGGAGGUGGCUGAGGCUGUGGAUUAUGUGAAGAAGACCCUGAAAGACCCAGAGGAAGGUCUGUGGGGCCUGGUGAACAAUGCUGGUGUCUCAACUUUUGGAGAGGUGGAAUUUACAAGUUUAGACAACUACAAGGAGGUGACAGAUAUCAACCUGUGGGGCACCGUGAGGGUGACGAAGGCUUUUCUGCCCCUCAUUCGCAGAGCUAAAGGCCGUGUAGUGAAUAUCACAAGCAUGUUAGGACGGAUGGUGAGCCCGUCUCGCUCCUGCUACUGCAUUUCCAAGUUUGGGGCGGCCGCCUUCUCUGACUGCCUCCGGCAGGAGAUGUAUCGCUGGGGGGUCAAAGUCAUCCUCAUCGAGCCCAGUAACUUUGUGGCAGCGACCGGCAGCCUGACAGAGGACGGCAUCGACAAGCAGGCCGAGGUGCUGUGGAGUGGAGCCAGCAACACCGUGCGGGAGGACUAUGGCAGGGAGUACUUCACUCGCCACGUGGCCACGAUGAAGUCCUUUGUUAACAGCGGCCUGAAGGACAUGUCUCUUGUCUUGAAUGACAUCACCAACGCGCUCGUCUCCGCACACCCAAGCAACCGCUACAAUCCCAUGGAGACCUACUGGUGGAUGAGACUGCAAGUCAUGACUCAUCUGCCCACUGCCAUUGCUGACUGGCUUUACAUUCCUGGAGCCACACUGUGAACGGCCAUCCUUCAAACAUCCUUCCAGGGCUUGUAUGUACGCACAGUUUAGAGCUGACUUAGUCCUGUACUAAUUGCUGGUGCAUCUCCUCUUUAGACGUUUGUGUCUUCAGUUUGGUUGGGUUAUGGCUUUGCAUCCUGUGUUAUGGGAUGCGGAGGAAAAUUGUCUUUACUGUCUCCUGCCUUGGUCUUUGUAUCCCCCGCUGUCCUGAUUGAAGUUGAAAGGUGUUUUGCUUUUAACUGUGGAGAAGACAGAGGAAGGUUAACAUAACAGAUCAAAUAUGUGGCUAUUGUAACUAGGUCAGCUGAGCUCCCCUAGUGAUAAAUUGGACUCAUUACUGGGCUCUUGGUUUUCCUUACAAGGAUAGGCUGCUAAUAGCAGAGUGAAGCUGUUGCUAUGAGAUGUCUCAUAGGGAAGAAGCUAAAAUGGGAAACAAAAGCAGUUUUCCAUUUGAUUAAAAAUGGGUCAAUCACAGCCUUAUUUUGUUUUCACAGUACUGGUAGGAAGCUCUGCUGCUCCAUAACUGUUUGCUCUUUCCAAGAAAACAGCAGCAGUGCCUCUAAACAGCCUCAUUACCCAAUUGCAAAGAAGGGUUCUUCUCUCCCAGCACUGUGUCCAGCAACUGGAGACAGACUAGGCAGGGAAAAGCCCUUGUAAUAUCUCCUGGUAUCUGAGCUGCCCCUCAGCCAGUGAUCUUUCCACCCACUGCUGAUGAGCUGUGUGAGACAGACUUGAAUCUACGUAGCAAACAGAUUUAGCUCCUUUAACUGCUGUGUUAGGUACCAGGUGAAAAAAGGACAGUGUGCAGUCAGUUUGGCCUGACUACGAGCUCUGGAAGGAUGUUUCAGGUGAUGCAUUUCUUUUUAAUUAAUACUGCACAAUGAAAUUCCUACAUCACACGUAAUCGUCUCCUCAGAAUUUCAUGACACGACAACUGAUACGAGCUGCUUUUGCAAAAUACCUCUGAGGAUCUCUCCUGUUGGCCAUAUCUGGGGCAUUCAAUCAUUUUUCCAAGUGCUGAGGCUGCCAAACCUCACACCUCAUGUCCUCUUUCCAAGUGGUGAACACCAGCAAAGCAGCUAGUGGUGAUCUGCCUUGUCAUUCUAGGGGACCAGCUUCCCAUUCUGCUAAGUUUUGUUCUGUUUUGACUUCUGUGAGAUUAAAUGAAUAUGAAAAGAGCUUAUAAUUUGCUCUUUCCUCAUCUAUCUUGGAUAGCUAUGACUUUGAAGCUGUGCCUUAAACUUUUAUAUGCUGCUCUUUGUAACUGCUUGGAGACUGGAUACAACUGAAUGCUGUGAUGCCUAAGGAGGCAGCAGGCUUCCUUUGGAUAUGCCGUGGAGGUAGCUUGUAUUACAAAUAAUUUCUGAAAAUGCUGGCUAUGCAGUUCUUUUUUUAUUUCAGACCAUAAUCACAUGGAGGCUGUCUGGGAUCUGGUACCCAGAAUGAUUCCACUGUCCUACUGAACUGCAGCUUGUUUAGGCAGUGUUGAAAUCACUUCUGCCCCUUGCACUGUGAAAUGUGAGUAAUGUUAAGUAGCACUAAUUUGCACAGAGGAAAAUAAACUGUGAGAUUUGUAAAGCA